AUGGCAGCUUCCACAAAUGCAGAGGCGCAAAAGUCUGUCUCGGUCCUCUUUGUCUGCCUGGGCAACAUCUGUAAGCCGAUUUCCCCCUCGAUCAUCCUCCUCCCAAACCACGACCAUGCUAACAAGAUGUUCAAGGUCNGCUCACCAAUGGCCGAGGGAGUGUUCCGCAACAUCACAAACCACACACGACCCAACGCACACCCGAUGAUCUCGUCCAUCGACUCUUGCGGCACAGGCGCAUACCACGCCGGUGAAUCCCCAGAUCCACGAACCAUCUCCGUCCUAAACGCCCACAAGAUAACCUCAUCCUUCUACACACAUCAAGCGCGCAAAUUCCGCAACUCAGACUUUAAAGAGUUUGACUACAUCUUUGCAAUGGACAGGGACAAUGAGGAGAAUCUCCUCAACGCAAGAAAGAGGAUGAUCAAGAAGGGAGACCUGACCGAGGAAGAGGCAGGCAAGGUCAUGCUGUUUGGUGUUUGGGGUGGUAAGGGCAAGGAAGAGGUGGAUGAUCCCUAUUACGGUGGUGCACGAGGAUUCGACAUUGCCUAUGAGCAGGUCGAAAGGUUCUCGAAUGGCUUUGUCAAGAUGUUGGAGGAGCGUGGCUCGGGGAAGAACUGA